AUGGUAUCUCCAUUUGUGAAAUAUCUCUUUCUCAGAGGAAUAUUACCUAUAUCGUUGUGUUUUGCAGCAUUAAUAAGACCCUGUUUUGUAUCCUUAAUUUAUGUACUUUUUGCAUUAAAAUCUCCAUUUGUAAAAAUCUCAAAAUGUGGCAGAAACCCAUGUGGAACGACGUUGUUUAUAACACUAACUUUCCUUUGGACGACAGUUACUUUGAUUCUUCAAUUUGCAUGGCUUUUUGUUUUAAUAUUUGUGAAUGAUGCAAAAGUAAUAAACUGUAAUGAAAAUCAUUGGACAUAUAUUUUGGCUCAAUUUGGAUUUAUGCCGUAUUUUGUUAAAUAUAAUUUUGAGCUAGUAAGAUCAUUCCUUCCUGAACUUGUUGCUUUUGGUGCAUCAUUAGCUACUGUUUUAAUUUUAUGGACCAAAAAACCAAAUAAUGAAGAAGAAGAAUUGGGUAUUAUGGUGGAGGAGUCAAGCUAUCAAAUGGCACCAGUGAGAACAACAAUACCAGUAUCCGAUGAAGAUAUGCAUAAAAAAACCUUUACUGGAUCAUUACAAACUAUGGCAGAUGUUUUUAUUACACUUGUUUCAGGAUUUGUUGCCUGUAUUCAUCCAUCAUUUAUGAAUACACCAUAUUUGAUUUAUUUUUUUACAACGGUUAUUUUAUGGGCAUCUUAUUGCAGAGUUGGGCGCAGUAGAAUGAAUAAAAUGAAACAGGCACUUUUGUUUUAUGUAGCUAUACAUUUUGUUUUGUUAUAUUUAUAUCAGAUCCAGACAGUUUAUGAUGUUUUUAUAAACACAUUAAAAGUUGAACAAUGGGCUGUUAUUGGAUUUGUACCUGUAUUACAACAAUUUUGCCAAAAUAACUAUAAUCUUAUUCCAUCUACACAUUCAACAUAUCAUAUGGAAUAUUUUUCAAUUUUAAUUUUCUAUUUAAUUUUUGCCCUUCAAUAUCAUUGGACAAAAAGUGGUGUAGAUAGAUUUAAUAGGAGAAAUAGUUUUGAUGAUGAUGAUCAAAGUUCAUCAAUUCAUACUGAGAUGUACCAAUCUACCUCUAUUGUGGAUGACCUCAAUAACGAUAGAAAUCCAACGCUUCUUAAUGAAUCGUCACCAAGAGAAGAUGUUCAAGAAGUACGAUGUGGAACAGGAAUUCCAAAGAUGUCAUCAAAAGUAUACAUAAGAGAGAAAUUAUCAACAAUAUUUUCUGGAUCUAAUGAAAAAAAUACUUGGUUAAUAAAUAAUGAGGAUAUCAUAAAUGUUCUUACAUUUUGUGCUGAACAUUUUUAUGUUAUACCAUUAUUAUGUUUACUUACUUGGGCUUUAUGUUAUCAUUCUCUUAUUGGAUUGUCCCUUUUAGUAAUUGUUUGUAUUUUUUGGGGAAUUUCGAAUACUCAAAAACAUUUUCUAAAGCUAAUUCCUUAUGUAGUAUUUUAUGUAUGUGUAGUUUUAAAUGCACAAUACGUUUUUUACAUGCAUUUGGAGACACUCUUUGGGUGGAUUUAUGAUCAGACAACCAUUUCUUCACUACUAGUUUUGGGUUUUGAUAUUAAUUUACCUGCUAUUCAGGUAUUUACUACUCUUCUAACUAAAGGUGCCUUAUCACUUCCAUUAUUUGUUUUAUUACGUCAAAAAGGUAAAUAUUCGGAAAUUGAUUCAAUUAAUCAAAACUCUAAUAAUCAUCAAGGACAAGAACGAUAUACAAGAAAUUUUGUAAGAGGAGCUAACGGUACUUCCCUUGCUGCUACGAUUGUAGAUGAAUUGAAUACUUCGACUGUUGCUCGUGCUGUAAAUGGAAUAUCUGAUAUAGUUACUAGAUAUUGGAUUAUUGUUGUUAUUUUAACUUUAUUGUUAACUGGUGUUGAAAAACCCCCAAAUCUUUUGAGACAAGGAUUUUUUGUACUUUUUUGUUUGUUUAUUGUCCUUCUACAGUUAUCUUUGCGAACAUUUAGAGCAUCUCUUUACGCAUUUUGGACUCUUUGCAUAUUUUAUUCUUCAAUUGUUAUACUUUUAAUUUAUUCAUACGAAUUUAAAAUUGUACAAGAUUUCAUAACAAAUAAUCUUGGAAUUUCAAACGAAUGGUGUAGAGUUAUUGGAUUAUUUGUCAUUAACAAAGAAUUUAAAAAACAAUCACUUUUUGAUACUCUUUUUUGUCCUAUAGUUUUUGUACUAGUAACAAUGUUGCAAUUAAAAUUAUUCCAUGAUCCAUGGACUAAAAUGACAAGAUUAAGGAGUACUGAAUCAGUAGUUUCAACUGAUGGUAAUAGGCCUGGAGAAAUGUAUCCAUCAACUGUUGUUAUUGGUAGUGAAACAUUUAUACAAAAAGUAAGGAAGAAUUUUUCUAAUUAUAUAGAAAUAUUAUGGAGAAUAGGUGAAGUACAUUUAACAAAAUUAGUUUUAUUUAUACUUGUAUGUUAUGCAUCAAAUGAAAUUAAUGCUAUAAAUCUUAUCAUAAUACUUGGAGUAACACUUGCUCUUUGGAUACGUUUUUAUGGAUUUUGUGUCUCAAUUAAUUUAUCAAUUUUCUUAGGAAUUGCUGAAACACUUAUAGUAUUUUAUAAUAUAUUUUUUAAUGAUUCUGGUCCAAUUGGUAAUCCUUUUGCACAUUUAAAUAAUAUAACAUGCUCAUUUGAUAUAAAAAAUAAGAAAUCAUUUGAAUUAUGGUUAGGAUUAAAAAAUGAAGUAUUUAACAAUCAAAUAGUUGGUAUUAUUAUUGCUUUAAUAGCGAUAGCAUUAAUAUAUGUUGUUAAAUAUCGUCAACAAAUAAGAAGAUCAAAUUUGGGAAUUUCAUCAGAAAAUAAUAAUAUUAUUUUUCAAGAUUUUGUACCUAGUGAAUUUGAUAUGAAUUUUAGUAAUUUAAUUAAAUUUAUCAUUGAUUAUACAUUUUACAAAUUUGGUCUUGAAAUUUCAAUGAUUUUUAUUACUUUAUCAGCAUGGCAAAGAAUGGAUUUUGUAUCAUUAAUCUUAUUAAUUUGUCUUUUUAUGUUUUUAAUGUUAAAUAGACAUCAAAUUAAAGCUAUAUGGCCAAUGUUUACAACACUUACUGUAAUGAUAUUCCCAUUACAUUAUAUUAUGAUGUUAGGAUUACCACAAUGUCUAUGUUUUGAAUAUCCAUGGAUGAAUUUUAUAAAUUAUAUUGGAGUUAAAGAUUCAGUUGUAAAUAUAUUCAGAUUUUUUGAUUUAGCAUAUUAUGAUAGAAACAAUGUUCCCAUAAUUAUUAUAUUUGACUUUUUAUUAGCAUUUGUUGUUGUUAGGCAACUAAGAAUUUUUAGAAAAGAAGGACCAUCACAUCCAGCAGGAGAUAAUGAAUCAAUUUAUAAAAACAAUAAUUUUAUUUUACAUAAAAAUAAUCCAUAUAGAGACUUUGUGUUUAAACAAGAGACACAUGUUGAUUAUUUAAAAUGUUUUAUUUUUCAAUAUUUUCAUUGGAUAAGUUUAGUAAUGGUGUUUGUAGCUGGACUUGGAGGAACAUCAUUAUUUGCUCUUGGAUAUGUUAUAUUUGCUUUUGUAAUGUUAUGGAAAGGUAACAAACUUUAUAAUAUGCAAAAUUACAAUAAUACAUUAAAAUUAUGGAAAGGUUUAAUUUUUUAUAAUGUUGCUGCGAUUAUAUGUAAAGUUGCUGUACAGUUUAUUGGAUGUGUCGUUAUUCCGCAAUCUGAUAAAAAUUUAUGCCUUGUGAGACAAUUAUUUUCAAUUGUAUGUGUCUAUUCAAUGGAUGAAAAAGGUGAAACAUUAAGUUCUUGUUUAAUAAAUGUAUCUGAAGCAAAAAUUGGUUUUGAUACAGUUUGUUUUGCUUUUCUCAUUUUACAAAAAAGAAUUCUACAUUCACACUUUUUCCAAUAUUGUAUGAUUGAUUUUAGAAGUGAAAUUAUUUUAGCUAAUAGAGGUGCUAUUUUAAAAAAUCAACUAAUUGAGAAGCAAAUGAAUGAACAAAAAAGUGAAGAAAUGAAAAAAUUAAAUGAAAUUAAAGAACGUACAGCUGCUAUUAGAAAACAGUAUGAAGAAAGACAAAAUCAAGAAGAUGCAUGUGUAUUUGUACCAAAUGCUUAUGGUGAAGCUAAACGUGCUGGUGAUUAUUAUAUGUUUAAUUAUGAUCCUAUGACAGAAAUAUUAGAAUCACCAAAAAUUAAUGUCCCAGAAGUAGAUCCAGGAUGUACAGAUCCUGGUAUUACACCUGCACAAAUAAUGCAUGUUGCUGUUGACAAGGAUUUAGAUAUGAGUAAAGCAAUGAGAGCAAUUGAUGCAGUACAAGAUAUUUCAGAUGAUUAUAAAAGGAUUGCAGCUGCUGUUCAAUAUGAUGAUGAAGAUAAAGAUAAUGAUAGUAAUAAAAAUAUAAAGGAUAAGCAAAAAAAGAAAAGUCAAAUAGUGACGAUAUGUCAAUUUAUAAUAAAAUUAUUUGAAAGUGCAAUUGUAUUUUGUGCUGCUGAAUUAAAUAAUUAUACUAGAGAAUAUAGAUAUGUUGGUUAUGUAUUAAGAAAAGAAAAAUCAAAAUUACGUGAUAAUUUAAGUGACUUUUUGUAUGAUUCAUCUAGAAAUCUUAGUGAACUUCGUGAUGAAAUUGAUAAUCAACAAAUGCAUUGUGUAAGUAAUGAAAAUGAUAUUACAACAAUGGAGAAAGAAGCUCAUAUUCAUUGGAGUAAAAGAAAUCCUUACAUUCGUUUUAUUACAGCAUUAGGAAAUUGUAUAAGUGCUCAUACUGAUCUUUUAUGUUUUUUUAUGGCAAUAGUAGCACAUGCUAAUUGUGGUUGGAUUACAAUGCCACUUCCAUUAAUGGUAUUAUUUUGGGGAACACUUGCUAGUCCACGUCCAUCAAAAAAAUUUUGGAUUGCAAUGAUAUUAUAUACACAAUUUGUUAUUAUAACUAAAUUUAUUGUACAAUUUGGUGAUUUAAAAAAUGAAGAAUCAAAAGCAUUUAGUUAUGAUACAAAUUUAACAUUUGGUACAUUUUUAAAAUAUUGUGGUUUAUAUAAACGAAAUGAAUAUGCUGUAUGGGAUGUUAUACUACUUAUAUGUCUUUUCUUUCAUAGAUAUAAUUUAAGAAGAUUAGGAUUUUGGAAAGAAGCUAAUAGUAAUGAAACAUUUAAAACAUUACCAAAUAUAACAGAAUCUUCUUUAACUCAAGGAAGUAAUGGUGAAGAUACUGAAGUAAAAAUAUUAGAUUCUGUUGAAACUAAUUGUUUUAAGAAAUUUUAUAGAAAUUUAUUUAAUCCUAAAUUUAGAUGUAUUAAUGAUUUAUAUACAUGGAUGUUUACAUGUGAUUUUAUUGCAUUUUUUAUUGUUGUAUUUGGAUAUAGAUAUUUUGGAGAUGGUGGAUCUGGUGAUAUUAUUAGUGAUAUCUCAUCAAAUAGAGUACCAUUAACAUUUGUACUUAUGAUGUUAUCAAUAACAGUUAUGAUAGUCAUUGAUCGUGCAUUAUACCUUAGAAAAGCUAUAUAUUGUAAAUUUAUUUAUCAAAUAGUAUCAAUAUUAUUUAUUCAUAUUUGGUUAUUCUUUGUUUUACCUAAAAUAACAUCUAUUUCACCAAGUAUGAAUGUAGCUGGUAAAUUAUUAUACAUUGUUAAGGGAAUAUAUUUUAUUAUAUCAGCAUGGCAAAUUAGAAAUGCUUAUCCUAAAAUGUGUAUGGGUAAUUAUAUAACACAUAAUUAUAAUUUACAUAAUAUGGUAUUUUUCAAAAUAUUUCAAGCAGUACCAUUCUUAUAUGAAAUAAGAACAGCAAUUGAUUGGACAUGGACUGAUACAUCAAUGCCAUUAUUUGAUUAUUUUAAUAUGGAAAAUUAUUAUGCUAUUAUAUUUAAUUUAAAAUGUGCAAGAACGUUUGAAAAUAAAUAUCCAGCACCCAGAGGUGUUCCUAAAGGUACAUUAAUAAAAUAUCUUAUGGGAUUACCAAUGAUAUUUGCAUUGAUAUUAAUUGUUUGGUGUCCGUUAUUAGCAUUUGCUUUAAUGAAUAAAAUUGGAUUAACAUUACCACCUGAAAAUGUUAAAAUGACUGUUUCUAUUGAAGGUUAUCCAUCAUUAUAUACUAUGGAAUCACAAGGUAUGGAUAUUCAAGUUUUUACAAAUGAACAAUAUGAUGAGUUAUUAACUAAAAUUGGAACUCUUCCAUAUGUAAAUGAAGAUAGUAGUUCACUACAAAAAAGUGCUUUAUCAUAUGUUGAAGAAUUUUUACCAUUAGAUAUAUAUAAAUUACGUUUUAAACCUGAAGCUGAAGAUAGAUGGAUGAUUUCAAAUAGUUCAUUAUAUGCGUUACAAAAGGAACUUGGAGGUAAUGGUACAAUGAAUAUGAAAAUAAGUAUUGAAUUAACAAGAAAACGUUCUUCAACACAAGAACCAAUUAGACAUACAACUGCAUAUAAAAUUCCUUUACUUCCUGAAUCUGAAAUGCGUAUCGAUUUGACUAAUUCACUAAGCUCAACUACUGAUUAUAACAAUCCUAUUACAAUUGGUCCUGCUGUACCAGAAUUUUUCACAGUACCUAAUGAAGGAGAGUUAUCAGCAACAAAAGAAUUACAAAAACUUGUUUUAGAACGUGGACGUUUUAAUAAUACUUUUAUGAAUAUUUCACUAUCUAGAAAUGGAGAUUUUAUUACAGGAACAGCAUGGUCUCUACAAUUAGUACUUCCUAAAUAUUUAGAUCAUAUUAUUUCACCAUUCCAACCAUAUAUUCUUGAUGGAUCUACUAAUAGAACAUACUUAGAAUUUGUUUUAUUUGUUAAUAGAGUCUAUCCAUCUUAUAUUAAUAAAUAUGUUUCUGGAGGUAUUAUUGCAAUGUAUAUUGCUUUUGUAUUAAUGUUACAUAGAAUUAUUCGUGGUGCCAUAACUAAUUCACCUUUGGAUGUUAGUAUUAAUGAAAUUCCAAAUGCUGAUUUGUUGUUAAGAAUGUGUUUAGAUAUAUAUAUGGUACGGGAAGCAAAAGAUUUUAUUUUAGAACAAGAUAUUUUUGCAAAAUUAAUUUUCUUAUUCAGAUCAUCUGAAACGUUAAUAAGAUGGACUCGUCAUAAAAUUAAACAGGAAUAA